AUGGCUGGAGACAAGGAAAGUGCUGCAGACAAAGACACCUUAGAUACCUCGAGUCCCCUGUACAUGCAUCCAUCGGAGAGUGCAGAUCUUGGAGGAGUACUUAGAGCCCUCUCAGUGAAGAAUAAGGUUAGUUUCAUAACAGGGAAGUGUCAUAAACCAGUAAUUGGACAUGCAACUUUUGAUCAGUGGGAACGAUGUGAUGAUAUGGUGACUUCAUGGAUUCUAAAUUCCCUUUCAAAGGACCUAGUGGAUAGUUUGCAAUAUGUGAGUGAUGCAAAGGAGUUAUGGCAGGAGUUAGAAGAUAGGUAUGAUCAAACCAACGGUGCAAAACUAUACCAACUUCAAAAGGAAAUUAAUGAUCUGAGUCAAGGAACUCUUGACAUAACAGGCUAUUAUACAAAAAUGAAGAAGCUAUGGGAAGAGCUAAACACACUGAAUGCACACGCACAAUGCAGCUGCCAAUGCACCUGCGGAGGUAAAGCUAAUAUGCACAAGGCUGAGAAAGAUAGAAGACUGAUACAGUUUUUGAUGGGUUUAAAUGAGGUGUAUACUGUUGUGAGAGGGAGCAUACUGAUGAUGAACCCCCUUCCAAGCAUUGCACAAGUCUUUUCUAUUCUCAUACAAGAAGAGAAGCAAAGAGAAGUUAAACCAAACAAUCAACAACUGGUGAUUGAAUCUACAUCACUGAAUGCUAAUGGUCCAGAAAACAACAACUUUAGAACAAACUACAACCAACACAUGAAUCCUUCUGGGAACAAUAGUUAUGGAAGAGGCUAUAUGGGAAAUAGACCUAGGCCAUUCUGUAAUUUCUGCAAGAGGGGAAAGAAACUAGCAGCAAAUGUGUUUGAUACAACAGGUAAUGGGACAAAUAUGACAGAUGAAGGAGGAAACCUUCAGGAGCAAGGUCGAACCAUGCAACAAUUGAGUAAGGAACAAUAUGGACAACUGCUGAGCAUAUUGGAGAGUUUUAAUAAUGGAAACAAUAGAGACAGCUCAUAA